AUGGCAACUGCCCCACUGCCACCAACAUCAACAUCAACGUCAUCGUCAUCGAUCCACCGUGUCUCGCCAACGAUACAGAUCGCAUAUACACUGUACGAAGCCGAGCCCACGAACCGUGGACCAGCAGCACGCGCAACCGUAAUCCUCAUCAAUGGGCUCGCCGACACGAAGGAAACAUGGGGCAGCCAGGUCCCGUCCUUCACGUCCGCGGGAUACAGGGUGCUCACGUACGACAAUCGCGGCGUCGGGGCGUCGUCGCGACUGCCUCUUCCCGACAGCGACGACAGCAGAGGCGCAGUAUUCUACACGACGCGCGAGAUGGCGGACGACCUUGCGCGUCUCCUCACGCACCUGAAGAUCCAAGGGCCGGCGCACCUCCUCGGCGUGAGCAUGGGCGGGAUGAUCGCGCAGAGCUUCGCGCUCGAAUACAUCGUUCCGCCCGCAGCCGCGGUCCCGGGCAUCGUCUUCCUCAGCGUGACGCUCGUGUGUACGUACGCCGCCCCAGGCCCGUUCUGCACACGGAUGUUCGCCAUGUGGCGCGAUGUCGCGCGGGCGAUGGGUGUGCAGACGGUCAUGCGGGACGUUGCGCUGUGGUGUUUCAGUCCGGAAUUCUUUGCCGAUGAGACUAGGCGCGAGCAGGUGCGGGACAUGGAUGCUGCGAUGGAGUGUAUUGAUGACGAAGACGCAGGUGGGAUGGGGCUGGGAGCGUAUUGUGCGCAGUUGAGCGCCAUUCAAGAGUUUGAUUCGCGCGCUGUGGUUGGUAUGCUGGCGCAGAGGAGGCCUGGUGUCCGGGUCGUGUUGCCGAACAUUGUGGUGCUGGCGGGCGAGUCUGAUAUUCUGAUCCCGGUGUCGCUGUCGAGGGAGCUGCAUGGUCUCAUUCCCGGGGCGCGAUGGUGCACUACCAGAGGCGGGCAUGCUUGUAACUGGGAGUUCCCGGAUGAGUUUAACAGGACGUGUUUGGAUCUGUGGACGGACAUAGAGACUAAGACACAGAAUUGGGAGGAUGUGACGUGA